GUGCAGCGGGUCCUUGCAGAGCCAGCUGAUCGCUGAGGCCGGCGGAGCUGUGAAGUCACUUGUUGCUGAGAAAACUGAUUCAUUCAGACUUCGCUCGUCUAUACCCUGGAGCGCACAUACAGCCGCGAUACUCAAUAAGGAAUUCCCAAGACGCACAGUUAAAGGAGCCUAAAGCAUCCGUUCUUCCGCCUGUUGGGUUACUGAGGGCGUACGAGGGUCUCUCUGACUGUUGUGUCAUCACAAAGUGUGUUUUGAUGUCCACGCCAGUCCAUCAGCCGUGGCUAUGUGCACACGUCACGCUCGGCUUCCGGCUCCUCCUCCUGGCCUCCCUGCUGCACUCCUCCGCAGGCGUGCUGGGGAACUGCAGCCACCCGGUUGUACCGGAGCACGGGGGCUUCCGCUGCGAUUCGUCGCCGUGCCGAGGCUUCCCCCACAAGACGACCAUCCACUUCUUCUGUGAGCCGGGCUUCCACAUCCCCGGCAAGGUCCGCAGCGCCCGGUGCCGCACCAAAGGAUGGGUGCCCUCCAUACCCCCCUGUGUGCCUCUUAAAGACCGGUACAACAUGAAGCACGAUGACAAGAACAUCCACACUAUGCCCAGCAUUGCCACCACCGCCGUGGGCGUGUCCAUCUUCCUACUCACCACCACCGCCUGCAUGGUCAUCAAGUCCCGCCUCUACCCCUGUCACUCACACGGGCGUUCCUCAGACCAGAUGGACCUGAUGGUUGACGGUCUCCCCGUAACGCUCCCCUCCUACGAGGAAGCCGUCUACGGAAGCUGGGGUCAGCGUCUGCCCUCCUGUCCGGGUCCCGGCCCGACCCAGCUCCUAUUGGCCCAGGAGGUGCCCGACCCCCAUCAAUCAUCGGCCAACGACCAAUUGGAGGGCGGCGGCCGCCCCCGUCUGUCGAGUCAAAGCCCUGACAACCCCCCACCUCCUUACGAGGAAAUCCAGCGUCCACGCCCCCAGGAGGGCGUGAGUGGCGGACAGAUCCACCAAUCACAAGCCACGCUUUUGGACGACAAAGACCCUUAAAGGGAACCUCGACGCUGGAUGCGUCACAUUGUAUGGUCGCACGCAAACCACGCAUUGAGCAGGGAGGACGAUGGACGUGUGCUGACCACAUCGGGCCGGACGACGUGCUUGAUGAUACUGUGUCUACACAGCAGCCGGUGAAACAUGGCCGCCACAACAACACUGCAGCACUUUCUCUGGUCGGCCAGAGGGCGUCCAGCACUAUGGACCUAGCGUCCGAUCAGAUGGCAGAAUUAUUAUUAUUAUUAUUUUGUCCUAGAUAAGCUCUUGAUUGGCUGUUAAGUUGUAACUCUAAGUCGGGUCAGGAAGGUGCUCCCUGUGACCUUUGGAUCGACUUUUAAGUGUCCCACACACUUAAAUACUUCAAUGAUAUUGAUUGUAAUUAUUGAGCUAUUCUUUUAUUUUUGAGUGUGUGAAAGAUUUAAACUCAAAAAAAGAUAACCUGACGUCUGAACGUAUAAUCUAGUGUUUGAGUGUGAGUGUAUUAGCACCUUUGUGAAUAUAGACUCGUCCAUUGUUUUUUCAGCAGAUUGCUGGAGACGCUAGAAUUCCCAUCUGUGAUGGUUGGAGGCCUUGAGGGAAAGUUUUCCUGUUUCCAAUACAAUGUCCCUCUGAAGAGAGACAUAAAAAGCAUAGCUCAAACCAGCUUCACAGGACAAUAUAGUAGCCUAGCUCGCAGUGGCGUAACAAGGCAACGACGGGCCCGUAUGCAGGAUGCGUUCGGAGCGAUUGUUGACCGGGGGG